GUAUAAGUCUUCUUAAUGGAAGGUAGUAUGUGUGGAGUACUUUAUGCUGCUAAUGUGUUGUCUGUCCCCCCUGUGGUUCCAAAGGCUAGGGUCACUGGUUCAAGCCAUGCGGACACCAUAUGUAAAUAUUUUUGGAGACGUUUGUUGGACAUUGUUCGCGUGAUGGCGGACGGAGGGGAUAGAGAUAGGCCUAGAGUGCCUAGGAAUUUGCAGGAGUUGCUGAAGUUGACCACUGGAGAGGCAGAUGGGACGCAAGAUUCAAGUGCGUUUCAAGAAAUGAAUCCAGAGAGAAGAGAAUGGUUAAAAGAGGCAAUAUCAUCCUUCAGUGAAGACACAUUUGUGAAGAGAAUGAUGGCUUGUCUUGAUGUUCUGUCAAAACAAACUGAUGAUGAAGAUGAGGAUGCUAUUGCCUCCAAAGAAUCUGCUUUGGAGCAAUUAGAAUCCAUGGUUGAUUUUAUUGAUAAUGCUAAUGAUCUUCAUAAAAUUGGAGGUUUCCCUAUUGUUGCAAGAUAUCUCAAAGAUAGUCAAAGUGAAUUACGUUGGAGAGCAGCUGACGUACUAGCAGUAGUAUCUCAAAAUAACCCUUACAGUCAAAAGGCAUUGACAGACAUGGGUGUCAUACCUACACUAUUACAGCUAUUGGACAGUGACCCUGCCGAUCAAGUUAGAAUUAAAGCUUUAUAUGCUUUAUCAAGUUUAACAACAAAUUUUCAGCCUGGAGAGAAAGUAUUCAUUGAUAAUGAUGGCUUCUCUGUCCUCAUGAGAGCAAUGCAAGGAAGCAUUGAAAAAGUUAAAAUCAAGGCUGCAUUCUUAAUUAGAAACAUAAUCUGCUAUUCUGAAGAUCUGACUCAUAAAGAUACUCUUGUCAAGAUGGGAAUGGUUGAUCAAUUUGUUGGUUUGUUGCAAGGACCUCAAGAGCCGUUUCACGAACAUGUACUCAACGCAUUUGUGGUUCUGGUUACUGAUAAUCCUAGAGCAGUUAAAGAGUGCYGCAGGUCAGAACUUGGUCUAGAGCAGCUACUGGACAGUAAAGUACAUGAACUGAAUGAACGUGAUAAGGAAGCAUAUAUGGAGGAAAUACAAUACUGUAAAGAACUAAAACAGAUGUGCUUCCAUGACAACAAAACCACACAAGAUGAUGCUGCAAGCUCUAGAUAGGUUCUCCUACCCCCUUCCCUAUUCCUGUCGCAAAAAAGUUUUAUAACAAGUACAUAGAACUGCUUUCUACUGGUGCAAGCAAAACUUGUGUCAAGAACAAGUUUGAGGAUGAAAUUGUGCAGCAGUGUAUAAUAUGCAAAGCUUCUCUCGAAACUAAAAUUCUUCGACAUACCCCAGUGAAUAUGUAUCCAAUCAGGGCUCGAUAUUCCGGCAGGCACCAUAAAUGGUGGAUGAUGAUGGUUUCAUAAAAAUAUUGCGUCAUGUUAAUAAAACAACUCUAAAAUUUUAUUCUACAGCAAAUAAUAAAAAGUUGAAAGAAAGAUUUUCAUUUAUUUAUGAUGAAUAUUGUUAACCUUAUGGUAACAACGGUAAAUAUGAUUAAAUGAUAAGGAAUUUGCAA